UUAAAUACAUUGUUUUGUCUAAAUUUAAAUAUUUAAAAAAGUUUUUUCUUAAUAUUUAUUUAUUACUAUUAAAAUUAUAAAGAUAAAAUUAUAAAGAAUGAAGUUAAAUUACAUACAAUUGCCUAUUAAGGCACAUUAUUUCUUUUUUAUGGCUGCAAUGGGUCCAAUUCUUCCAUUUUUACCAGUAUAUGGCAAACAACUUGGUAUUUCUGCAUUAAUUAUGGGCAGCAUUACAGCCAUUUUACCAAUUUUAUUUUUAAUUGCUAAACCAACUUUUGGCUUUCUUGUGGAUUAUUUUUAUUCUUGGAGAAAAACAAUUUUUAUUAUAUUACUAACAGCAACAAGUAGUUGUUAUAUUUGUAUGUACUUUUUAUCAGUGCUUCCAGGUCCAGUUUUUCCAGAUCAUAGUAUUAAUAAUGUAUCCUGUGAUUUAUUACCAUAUUGUACACCACAAGAUAUUUCUAAGCCAUAUUUAUGUAUGGGAGUAAAGAAUGCUAUGUGCCAUUGGACUUGUACAAAUAAAAAUUUUUCUCUAUCAAUACAAUUUCAAGCAAUUAAUGAAGAAAUAAAUUUUGUCUCAAAUUCCACAUGUUUAAUUGAUAAAAAUAGUACUUCAUAUUGCUCCGAAAAUAAUAAUUGCAAUGUUAUCUGUGAUAAAUUUGAAGAUAGUUACUGUCUAUAUACAUCUAUAACUUUUUGGAGUUUUGUUUUAUUAAUGUCUCUUGGUAAUAUUGGUUUCAAUGUAAGCAAUUGUAUGAGUGAUGCAAUUUGUUUUGAUAUAUUAGGUGAAAAUGGUCAAAUGGGAUAUGGUAGACAGCGUGUUUGGGGAACUAUAGGUUUUGGAAUUUCAGCUUUUUUAGCUGGUUAUGCAGUAGAUUAUUGGUCUAAAGGAGAAAUUAUUAAAACAUAUACACCUGCAUUUUUACUUAUUCUUAUAUUUACAAUUAUUGACUUAUUUUGUUGUAAAAAAUUGGAUCUACCAUUAAUGACAGCGUCCACAAAUAUAUUGAAAGAUGUUAUAAAACUUUUAAAAUUGAAAUCUAUAAUUAUAUUUCUCUCUUUUACAACAAUUGCUGGCAUUCUUGAUAGCUUUAUAAUUUAUUUCUUAUUUUGGUACUUGGAAGAUCUUGCUAUGACAACUAAUUGCAUGAGUAAAAUUAAAUUAAUAGAAGGUUUAAUUGUGGCCGCAGAAACUCUAGGUGGUGAAGUAAUAUUUUUUUCUUUCUCUGGCAAAAUCUUAAAGAAAUUAGGAUUCGGAUAUACUUUUACAUUCUGUUUUAUAUGUUAUGCUUUACGACUUGGAUUAAUUUCAUUAGCAUCAAAUCCAUGGUGGGUAAUACCAAUUGAAUUAUUUAUGCAAGGACCUACUUAUGCACUUUGUUAUACAACGAUAGUUGCCUAUGCAAGCAAAAUUGCUCCACCUGGUACAUCAGCUACGAUUCAGGGAAUUGUAGCUGGUAUGGAUGAUGGUUUUGGUUUUGCAAUUGGAAGUUUAAUAGGUGGAAUAUUAUACAAGUUAUUUGGAGGAGUAACAACAUUACGAAUAUUUUCAUCGAUUGCCGCUAUAACAGCAUUUAUAUAUUUUAUUUUGUACCUAAAAUAUUUAAAAGAUAUGAUACCAGAUACAAAGAAUAAUAUAGAAUGGAAAACACCUGAAGAAGCAGGAAAAAAAUGUACAAUUGCAGAGAGCUAAUUUUACAAAUAUAAAUUAGACAUAUUUUUGCAAUGCAAAUGAAUAUUGU